UUAGUUAGCAAGCGGUUCCACAAUCGACCAGUGGAAGAAUCUCUUUUUCGCCAUUUCCUUUGCGUGUUUGUGCAUCUUUUGUUAUGUUUACGUUUCUGAUUUUAGUUAUACGAUGGAGGUUAAAUUGGAUACAAAUAUUUUCGACAUAAAUAAAAUUUGCCGGACCUGCUUGACGGAAAAAGGAGAAAUGCGAUCUAUAUUCAUGCAGGAUGAAUCUACAGGGCAAGCUAUGAUACUUGCAGAAUUGUUAAUGGGAUUUUCUUCUGUACAGAUUGAAAAUGGCGACGGUUUGCCUGGUCUCAUAUGCUUGCAAUGUGUUCAUCAGAUAAGCAGAUGUUACUCAUUCAAACAGUUAUGUGAACAGUCUGACAUCAAUCUUAGACAAUAUUUGGGUAAACCAUCUAUUCUUAAACAAUGUAAGGAAGAAGACACUCAUCAAACUAACGACUUUCCCACUGGAUUGUUUCUGGAUAAUUUUGGACUAGAUACGUCAUCUUGUGACAGUGAUGAUGAUGAUGAUUUCAAAGAUCAUUUCUCCUUAUUUCAGACUUCUGUUACAGAUAAUCCAAAUGAUGAAAAAAUUAUAGCACAGAAACAAUUAUUAAAGGCAGCAAAAUCUCAAAAGAGCAAAAUGUCCAGAAAAAAAAUGUUAGCAAAAGGAGGAAAAGCUGCAGUAUUAGCUGCAAAGAAAAUGAAGCGGAACACAAACCAAUGCAAUGUUUGCAAAAAGCAAUUCAUAAACAUGAAGUCAUUCAGAAAACAUCUUAGAACUCACAUUGAAGAUCGUCCUUAUAAAUGCAAAUUAUGCCCCAGGGGAUUUACUGAAGAGAACUAUUUGAAUAAUCAUAUGCGAACUCAUGUUCCUGAGGAUCAAAAACCACAUGAAUGUAAAAUUUGUAAGAAGAGAUUUAUACAUACUACAUUAUUAGACAAACACAUGUUGAAACAUAGCGGAGAAAAGCCUUUUGUUUGUAAAAUUUGUAAUAAAGGAUGCUAUGCUGAAAACAGUCUUCUUAAGCAUAUGAAAAUCCACGAGAAAAAGGAGGGUGAUCCGGCUUUGUUAAAACAUAUUUGUGAUUACUGCAAAACUGAAUUUCCGGAUGCUCAGAGUUUAUCAAUUCAUAUCAAGCAGCAUACAGGCGAUAGACCAUUUUUGUGUAACAUCUGUGGCAAAUGUUUUCCUCAGAGAUUUAAUCUUGAAUUACAUCUACGUACACAUACAGGUGAAAGACCUUUUCAGUGUGAGGUGUGUAAAAAUGGUUAUGUAUCGAAAGCUAGUUUGAAAAUUCAUAUGCGAACCCAUAAUAAUGAGAGACCAUUUGUAUGUGACUUUUGUGGAAAAGCUUUUAGACAAUCUGGUGAUUUAACUAGUCAUAAAAGGCUUCAUGGAACUGAAAAACCUAUCGAAUGCUCAGUAUGUCAAAAAAGAUUUACAACAGUAAUGAAACUUAAAUACCACAUGCGAAAUCACACAGGUGAACGUCCAUAUGUAUGUACAGUUUGUGGAAGAGGUUUUACAGUUAAUACAAUUUUGCUCAGACAUAUGCGAGUGCAUUCAGGAGAAAGGCCUUAUGUUUGUGUAACGUGUGGAAAAGCAUUUUCACAGUCUAGCACAUUGAAUACACAUAUGAAAGUUCAUGCACCAUCUCUAAAAUAUAAUUCUCAAGAGCAGCAACGUAUGCCUAAAUUUCACAAUGAUAAUGAUCAAAAGUAUCCAUCUCAGCAGCCACAACAGACAGCAGACCAUUCGAAUCGUCUUAUGCAGAAUGAUAAUCGAAUGCUUCAGACCGAACCUAUUCAAAGAAUGAUCCAGUCUGACAAUUCUCGAAUGCUAUCUAGUGAUGGGUCCCGAAUAUUAACAGAUUCGUCACAGCAUUUACUUUCCGAUAAUAGAGGUAUUAUUGAUAAUACGAGGUUACUAGCAAACGAUGGAACUAGAUUAUUAGUAAAUGUUAGCGAGCCACCCCGUUUGUUAGUAAAUGAUAAUACAAGGUUACUUACAAACGAUAAUCGUAUUUUAACACAGGACAAUAGGUUAAUUACCAAUGUAAAUAUGAAUGAAAACAACAGACUAUUAACGGAUAAUUCCAGGAUGUUAACAAAUGAAAAUGCGCGACAUUUAGCAGUUAUCGAAAGUUCUAGGUUGUUAGCGGAUAAAUAUUUAGCAAAUUAUGAUCCCUACCAUCGAGGCCAUUUGUAAACUUUUCAAAUGCAUAAAUUUCAUUAAAUAGACAAAACAAUUUAAAAAUGUUUGUUUUUACAAUAAUAUCACUUUUUUACUGAUAAUUAAAAGUGUAUGUAAUAAGUACUAAUAAAUUCAUAUACAUAAUAA